GCCCUCAGCUCGACCGGAGUUCAUCGCCAUGGCUUCCUACAGUUCACUCCUGCCCACGGCGGCACGGAGCAUCUUGCCGUCAUGUCGCCCUGCUCUUCGCCCGAGCCCAAUGGCCACUUUUCUGCCCGCCCUACAACAGGUCCGAGCUGCGUCCCAGGCACGCAAGAAGGACUCCAAAGCCUCCAAGAAGAAGAAGGGUCCGAAGGAGUUUAAGCAAAAGGACCUCAAGGAUAUGCAGCAAUACGCGUUGUGCGAUGCUAUGAGAUAUCUCCGUGCAUUCGAAGUUGGCCGCGAACCGACCGCGGCUAAAUACGAGGUCCAUGUCCGCCUGAAGACGAGGAGAGACGGUCCGGUUAUUCGCAACAUGCUCCGAUUCCCUCACUCCGUCCAGACCGAGUCGCGCAUCUGCGUCGUGUGCCCCCCGGGAACCAGGCAUGAGAAGGAAGCGCGCGCCGCUGGAGCAGUGUUGGUGGGAGAGCAGGAGGUCUUCGAUGCGGUGAAGGCCGGCAAGAUCGAGUUCGACCGCUGUCUCUGCCACCCGGACAGUUUGGAGGCGUUGAACAAGGCUGGACUGGGUAGAAUCCUCGGUCCCAGAGGAUUGAUGCCCAGCGCCAAGACGGGCACUGUGGUCGAAGAUAUCGCCGUGAGAGUCGAGAUGCUGCGUGGUGGUACGGUUUACCGCGAGCGUGAUGCCGUUAUUCGAGUCCCCAUUGGACAGCUCGGAUUCACUCCGGAGCAAUUGCGUGACAACCUGCGCGCAACCAUCGAGCAGAUCAAGAAGGAUGCGGCCGGCCUCAAUGAUCGCAUAACCAAGCAGGUGUACGAGGUGGUCCUGAGCUCGACCCACGGCCCCGGCUUCAGUUUGAACGGAGAUUUCAAGUCGGACAAUUCCCCCGAUCCCGCCGUUUUGCAGGGCGUGUAAAAUAGUCUCUGGUUUCUUCACGUUCAUGGGUGUACAGAAUAUGUUACAUUAGGAAGGAUACGGUGUAUAAUGGUAUUGUUUCAUAAAUCA